CACAUAUGAUUAGUAAAUCAAUACAAAAUUCCCUCCUUCUACCACCUACUUCUUUCUAUUCUUCUUCUUCGUAUUUUUCAGGAUAGCAUUGGCAAUUAGCAAGUGAUGGUUUUUCUCGAUAAGCACUUGCUACAGCUUCUUCUCGCAAGAUUGAAGUCUUCUUCAACCUUUCUGCUAGCUAUUCACAAAGAACCACGUUGAAGAAGUGUGAAGAUUGAAAAGAUUUUGAACUCUUGGGAUAAGACAGCUAGUCCUUGGAUUGGAUAGAGUUCCUUGUUUUGAAGGAUCAUGACAGCAUAUGACAUGGAUCCUGAUGUUGUUCGCUGGGGCCUUCAUAAUCUCUUAGAUGUUUGCACACUUUCCAAUAAUGGUUCUCCUAGUAUCAUAACUAGAUAUGAUCUGGAUUUAAGUAGCAGCGUAGAAUAUGUUAGAGAAGGCUUCUGUCAGCCUUCCUACGUGGAGAAUGAUGAUGAAGCUGUUGCUCGUGCUUACCAGGAAGAAUUAUCACAACUUCAAUCCUUGGAAGCUUCUGGGAUGUUGAAAUUCGGGAACGAUCAAGCGCGGGCAGCCAUACUUGCACAGGAUUGGCAUUCUUACUCAGAUGGAAGCAGAAAUUUUGGUGGCAAUGAAACUUGCCAGAACUCUAACAGUGAGCCAUACAACAUUCCAGAAGCAGAGAAUUAUGAUCCAAGUGAAAGGGAAAACGUUAUGCAUGACAUUGAUGUUUAUGGUUCCUCUUCUGGGUCAGGAGAGAUUCCAGUUAUUAGUGAUGAUAUGUGGCAUACGUUGGAAAUAAUGGAUGAGUCUUCUCUUGACUAGGCAAAAGAUUAAACCAGAUGGUCCCAAUCCAUCAUAUUCCUAAAACCAAUGAAAAAAUUCCAUCAUAUGAUGAAGAAGUAUUUCAGAUGAUAUGGCUUUAUUGAUGUUGUCAUGGUUCACUGAUAUUAGGAAUGGUGAAUGGGGUGAUCAUGUCACAUUGCAGGCUGCUGCCGAUUGGGUAUGAUGAAAUAUACCAUUUCCAUUUUGUAUUUGUCUUCCCUAUUUAUUAUCAUAUCCUUCUUUUUGGCUUGCGAUUUCAAAGUUUGUGUUCUUUAUCUGUUUGAUGCAUUGUAAAGCAUUCUUUGUAUCUUUUAGAGGACAUAUUAGCAGGUAUAGUUUAUCUUUUUUA